AUGCUAUCUGAACUGCUUAAAAAUCAAAUAGACUUUGAUAAUGUAGUAGUGAAUACAUUUUUUCUUAAUGAAGAAAUUAAUCAAGGAUUAUUUCAAGCUUUUAUGCUUGAAUAUAAUAAAAACAUAUUAAUUUUGCGAUUUAAUGAUAUUGCUUCAGACACAGAUAAAUCUGAUUGGCUAUUGAAGUAUUGUGAAAAUCUUUCUGAAAAAAUUAAUUCAUUACAAACUGUCAAUAUGAAUAAAUUACAAGAACAAUCAACCAAUUCAGAUUUUAUUCGAGCAAAAAGUAUAUUAUUAAUAUUAGACCGAGAUUUUCAUAAGUCACUUGGAAAAGACUCUGGUAAAUUAUCUACUUAUAAGUUUUUAAACAAUAUACUAAUAAAAUAUUCCGAUAGAUUAUCAUUAUCUGUUGGGUCAACGGGGGGGGAAAUAUCUUUAUUUGAAAUAAUACUUAGAAUACACGAAUUAUAUAAAUAUGGCGAAAUCAAGUAUUUAAUAAUAAACCAAUUUGAAAAACUAAUGGACAUCGAUGAGCAUUUAUCAAAUGAAACUAAGUCUAUAAUUUAUUCUUACAUUUUUUCACUUUUUACUAAUAUUAAUAUAGGAAACAAAAAUAGUCAAGAAUUGAAGAUUCUGAUAAUAGAUUAA